AAAGCCCCAUUUCCUAAUUCAAACCCGAUCUGCCCUGAACUAAUAACUAUAACGAUAAGGCAAUAUUUUUCUUUUAAAGGAAAAUGUUCAUUGCACAAAAACUCAAACGAUUUUGACUAA